AUGUCAUCCUCACCAGAUGAUGUCGAGGGCCCUAAAUUAGAGCCUUCAAUGAUCAAGUCGCUCUUAAUUCAAGAAGACUUAUAUAAAAAGAAGCUACCUGAUCACAUUAAAGAGGAGAGAAGGCAACUUCAACUCCACCUCUGGCACGAAGAAUUCUUUAAUAAGAAUACUGCGCUUGAGAACUACACGUACCUACUCGGAGAGAAAGGUACAACUCGGCACUUUAAAAAGGCUGAACUUUACUACCCGGAGCUUCGCGCUGGGGUGCUAGCCUUAACAAAAGCUAGAUUAGGGCUUUUUCCGUCAAACGAAAAAGCAUUCAUUGAAAGUGAAGUGAACGGCUCCCUCACUCCCGAAGCUGAAAGAUUAGGAAAAAAUGGCUGUCCCUUAUGUGGCGAAAGUCGCGUUGAUGAAGGCGGGGAAUUCACUGAGGAGAUUGAUCACCUCCUCGUUCAAUGUACAUCAUUAAAUGAACUCAGAGAUGAGCAUUUAUCAGCAAUUAUUGCUGACUUAAGAGCUUCGUCCGUCGUAAGAGGAGAAGACAUGUGUAACCAGGUGUCAAGCUUGGGUACACUCAUUAUGGGAGGUAUGUGCCUUCCGCAGACCCGGAAGGGUGCUGCGCUUCGUACCUUUCUCAAGGAGAGCAGUACUGAAGUAUCAGACUGCAAUCACAAAAACCCAUUAUGCUGCGACGCGAAAUGCGACCGCGGAGUGAUUAGUAGUCACACUUAUGCGGCAAACAUGUUAUUGUUACCGAGGCGUGUAAACGUAUGGUGA